AUGGCCGAGAGACAACAGGCACCGAACGGGAAGGUGUGCGAAAGUGGCCUCAAGGUGUCCUUGUUGUGUUGUGGCUCAAGGAUCAGACGCGGCGCACGAAGCACAGAGUCCACAGCACAGGCGAUGCUCGUGCGGGCAUAUUUCGGCACCGAGACGGUUCACAAUCGAUCCGUGGCUGCAGUCGGUUGUCUUCCCCGAGGUGGACAUCCGAUGACGUCUGAAAAUGCCCAAGAAGAUGAUGUGGCUUCGCAGAAGGGAGUCGCCGGCUCGUCGGACCCGAUAGUGCACCCUGCGCUUGGAUGGAACUAG